AUGAAAGUCUCACUCGUUUUUCUCUCAAGUUUUAUGAUUUUGUGUGUGAGCAGUUUCAAGAGUCGAUCGAGAAUUCGUAGUUUCGCUUCGGAUGACGAUUUGAGUAUUGAACACCUAAAAGAGCACUACGGAAAUAAGAUUGAUAUCGAGAAGCACACUUCCGCCGGUGAUCGAAAAUUCUAUUAUUUCAAAGUGGGCGAUUCGAAUAAAGAUAACAAUUUGGAUGGCAUCGAACUGUUCAAAUUGAUAAUUGAACACGCGGAUGAGGAUGGUGGAAAGAUGGAGAAAAUCGAUGUGGAGAGUAUUGAGGUUCAAGUGGAUCAAGUUAUCAGUGAUAUGGACAAAAACCAGGAUGGGAUGAUCAGUUUCAGCGAGUAUUCGAGAAAAUUCGCUGGAUGA